UUCAAGACCAACGCAGUCAGGUGUACCUGGUUCUCCUGUCGAUGGGAAUUCUUCUCAGGGUUGAUAGGUGCUUUGAAGGGUCAUCUCAACACUUGGUUAUGCAGGUUAAUCCACAGUGAUACCAGUGAUGGCAAUACAUGGUUUUGGGUGCCCAUAGCGGAUCAAGAUCACACUGUGCCUAAUUGGUGCAUUGAUGAGGGCGUGCCCAAAUUCUGUGGAGAAACAGUAGAAUCUGAGUGGUUUCCCAUGCGUCCUGGAAUGAUUGGGGACUUCAGCUUAGCACUGGACUUCUUGGAUGACUCAGAGAAAGCUUUGGAAGAGAAAAAGAAGUGGACUACAAUGGUACGCUCAUCCUUUUUUCAUGCUUUUUGCUGGAGUGCUCAUGAAAGUAGGGAACUUUCCCUUACAGUAGUGUCGACUGAGAGCAUCCCCCCAAUAUCUGCCAUGAUUUAG